GCCGGUCCAACGAGAUAAAACAUGCAGAUAUGGCAAUGGUUGUUCCGCAUCGUUGAUGGCUCCAAAGGGGCCUAAUAACGACAUAGAACCGCGUCGCAUCUCCGCUCCAGUUUAGCUAAUAUUCCUUUCCACAUCUUUUCUGCAUUGAGGUUCAGGAAAUCCCUCCAUAAAAAAAUGACAAUUUUUCUACAGUUCCCAUUUGUUGUCAGAUUUCUUAUUAUGAUACAGAGCUAUAUGGUUUAUGUGAAAAUGCUGUUCAUUUCCGGUGACCUUUAGUGUGGUAUCGCUUACCGUCUGGCUUUAUCAAAGACAAAGCAUGGAUAUAUGGAUAUCUUUAUUCUAUCGCAGGACAAAGCUAAAAAUGUGGCAAACGCUGGGGAUUUUGCUAUUUCUUCCUGUGGUCCUACGAGCACUACCACCGCAGAUUCAAAUAGGUGGAAUUUUCGAGGACGACAGUCGUGGCCGGGCAAUCGAAGCCGCCUUCCGUUUUGCCGUAGAUCGCAUUAAUAGUCAAGGCAAAGUUCUCCCGCAGACACUGUUAUCAUAUCACAUCCAUUUUGUACCACGGGACAACAGCUUCCUAGCAUCGAAAAAAGUGUGUAACCUAGUUCGGACGGGGAUUGCGGCGUUGUUCGGUCCGCAGGAUCAUAUGUUAAGUGCCCAUGUUCAGUCCAUUUGUGCUACACUCGAGAUCCCGCAUGUUGCCGCACGCUGGGAACUGGAGCCGCCAUUUCGGCAAGCCACGAUCAAUUUGUAUCCUUCGUACUCGGUGCUCAAUCAAGCCUUCGCCGAUAUCAUUGAUCACUGGAAAUGGAAAAGCAUGGUGAUUUUAUAUGAGGACCAAUUUGGUUUAGUAAAACUGCAAAGCCUUUUGAAGCUGCAGUCAGAUAGCAAGAACGAAGUAUACAUCCAGCAAGUGCACAAUGGGGAUUACCGAGGAGCACUGCUGUCGAUUAAGGAAAUGAACAUCUUCAACAUUGUGGUCGACAUUGCUGACGAGCAGCUGCAUCAUGUGCUACGAGCGAUGCUACAACUUCAGAUGAACGACUUCCGCUACCAUUAUUUCUUUACUACUUUUAAUUUGGAAUUGCUCAAUUUGGAGGACUUCCGACAUAACUACGUAAAUAUAACCGGCUUCCGGCUGAUAAAGCGCGACGAAACUCCCUAUAAAGAGAUUGCUCAAAGCUUACACAAGCUGCAUGAGUCAUCCGUGGCGAUUGGCAUUGAUUCGUAUUAUCCCUUCAAUGAAUCGUUAUCUCUCACGGCCGAUGCGGCACUGAUGUACGAUGCCGUUUUGGUGUUUGCCGAAUCUUUGGCUUCGCUGAGUGAAUCCGUAGAUAUUACUUUCACCAAUUUAAGCUGCGAUGACCCCAAAGAUGUUCCUUGGGUCGACGGAGAAAUAGUCCAGAAUUACCUGAAUUCGGCCAGCGUGGGAGGGUUAACUGGCCAAAUACGCUUCAGCAAAGGUCAACGUGAUGAUUUCGAGUUGGACAUUAUUCGGCUAGCCAUGGAGAGGUCACCGGAAGCGUUUUUACAUAUCGGCACAUGGAAUCCCACAAACAAAACCAAAUUGUCCGAUGUUUGGUUUGCUUCGUACGACCCCACAAAAAAUCGCAGCAAAUCGGUCAAUCUUAUUGUUGCAACUAAAGUGGAAAAACCGUACGUAAUGCAAAAGAAUGACACAGAAACUCUGAUUGGUAAUGAUCGUUACGAGGGAUUCUGCAUCGAGCUCAUGCAAAAAAUCGCCGAAAAAGCCGGGUUUAAUUAUACUUUGGUGCUGGUGCAUGAUAAUCAGUAUGGCGUAGCAGCGGAAGUCCCAGGAUCUAACGGAAAAAGGGAAUGGACGGGAUUAAUUGGUGAACUCGUCAAUAAAAAAGCUGACUUAGCAAUGGCAGCAUUAAGCAUCACUUACGAGCGCGAAAAAGCCAUCGACUUCACGAAACCAUUCAUGAAUCUGGGAAUCAGCAUCAUUUUCAGAAUUCCAAAAACGCCGCCCAGUUUAUUUUCCUUUAUGAAGCCCUUAUCAACAGAAAUCUGGAUGUAUGUUUUAUGUGCAUACGCCGUGGUGUCCCUGGAACUCUUCGUUAUCGCCCGCUUCAGUCCGUACGAAUGGUACAAUCCCCAUCCGUGCAAUGUACACCAUGACAUCGUGGAGAACCAGUUCACUCUGAGCAACACCUUGUGGUUUUGCAUCGGCACAUUAAUGCAACAAGGGUCCGAUGUUUAUCCACGAGCAUUUUCCACGAGAAUUGUUGGAGGCAUCUGGUGGUUUUUUACGCUGAUAAUAAUAUCGUCCUAUACCGCUAAUUUGGCUGCCUUUUUGACCGUCGAACGAAUGGUGUCGCCCAUUGACGGAGCGGAUGACCUUGCAAAAAACAAAGAUGGGAUCAAAUACGGCGUCGUUACCGGUGGCUCAACAUACAGCUUUUUCAAGGAUGCAAAAAUUCCCGUGUACCAAACCAUGUUCAAGUGGAUGCAAGAAAACCCACACGUCUCCACUGUUCAAGACUACGAAGAGGGUCUGGCACGCGUCCUUCAAGGCAACUAUGCAUUUUUAAUGGAAUCGACGAUGAUCGAAUACGCUACAGCGCGCGACUGCAACCUGACACAAAUUGGCGGCCUCCUAGACUCCAAAGGCUAUGGAAUCGGCACACCUAAAGAGUCCAUUUGGAGGGAUAAGUUAUCGUUGAUUAUACUUGAGCUGCAAGAAAAUGGAAUAAUUUCCGAGCUGAAAGAAAGGUGGUGGAAUGAUAAAACGGUGGACUGCAAGAAAAAUGACCGGAAAAAGGAAAGCCUGGCCAACGCGUUGAAUGUCGACAAUUUUGGAGGCGCUUUUGUGGUGUUAGCCAUCGGUUUAGUUGGCGGUGUUAUGGUUUCCGUAUUUGAGUUCAUGUGGAACUCUCGCAAAAACGCCCACAUCGACAAGCAAUCAUUAUGUUCGGAAAUGGUGGAAGAACUACGGUUUGCUGUACGGUGUCGUGGCUCGCGGCAGAAGCCGACACUGCGCCGGCAAUGCUCACAGUGCAUUCCCAACCACACCACCUACGUGCCAAACAAUCUGGAAUUUCUGGGACCGGAAGCGCAUAACGGCGGCCUCGGCAUGUCCGAAUACCGCAAACACAAGCGCCCCUAUUUCGACGCCCAUUCCGUGGAUCAUGUGUGAUCACUGUUUCAUCUUUUCUGUGCAUAAAAUAUUAUUAAUAAUAGUUUAGAAUAAUAUCAUAUGUGCUGCGAAUGCUAUCAGGCUGAGACAAAUCGGAGUGUAACGGAAGUUUGCUUUUGUAAUGCGGAUGGUGCCCUCCCAAUCAUACCAUAUAACGUUUACCAAACAAAGAUUCCGUGCUCCAUCUUUUCCGAAUACUGUAUAUUGUAUUGUUUCCUAUUAAUGCCGUGAACUGUGAUAGAAGUAAGACUCCAUUUUAAUGGAUGGGAAAAUGUAUACCGACAGGCGCUUAACCAGA